GCCAACAAACUAUACUCGUCCUGUCGUUCCCUCACUCCGCUUCGUGAUCCGAGCUGAGUCUGUACGACGCAGAGCGUGUACGUGACAAAAAGCAAAGGUGGAGCACAUGCGCCUUGUUCCACUCGUUCCGUCGUUCCGCUUAAUCCGUUCGUUGUCCUGCGUGCCGGUCAGGAUUCAAUUUUAACCUGUAGACACAUUGUCCUCUUACAAGCAGGUUGCAAUGAUUUAAAAAAGAUAAAACGCGCGUGAAACUCAGUGCGGUGACAACUUGGCUUUUUCAGUGUUGUGCUUCCAAUGUCCGUCGGGGAAAUUUUUUUUGUUUCUUAUAAAAAAAUGAGUGCUUUUAUUACUGUUAAUCAGUGAUCCAAACUUCUCGAAAUACAAAAAGUUUCCUUUAUGACUGAAACGUCAUUUAGAAAGUGAUAAAAAAUAUGACAAUCUUCCAUGUUUCCAAAAGUUAAUUCAAAAACUCUUGAUUGCAGAUUGUCGGUGUAAAUAAAUGUUCAUCCUUAGGAAUCUGCGAAUCUUGUUGAAGGGAGUCACAGCAAGUGGUUUUCAUACUAGUUUUUGUUCGAAAUGUGUGUGGUCAGUAUUAAGUUUAAAGUGUGUUGAAUGCUUGAUUCUUGAUCACUUGCAUUCUGGUCAAACUUAAUCCUUUCACGAAUCAAAUCUAAAUUGUAUGACACUGAUCGAGUAUGUACUCUUUCAUCAAAUGCAAUUUCACUUCCAAGUUAAUUGCUCAAUUCUCCAUAUUAUUUUAUCUCCAAUCUUGCCCAUUGUCAGUAAUGAUCAUAUUUAUCAAUAGAAAAAUGUACUGAUAGAAUGGUCAUUCAAAGCAUUGAUUAAUGAAGAAAUACUGAUUAGAAAUCAGGAUUGAUUUAUUAGCAAUUAUCGAUCCGGCUACUGAACAAGUUUAAUCAUUAUUGAAUUCGAUCCCUGAUAGAAAACAACUAUCGUCAAGGGGAAAUUCAGAAGCAAAAUUUGAUUUUGGAGAAGAAAUCGAUUGAGCAAUUUUGAGAGGAGGAAAGAAAUGUUGAGUGAUAAGUGCCUGAUGUAAAACUGAAUGUUUUUUGAGAAGACGGUGAAUAGGAACUGAUGAUAGUGAUGAGUAGUAGAAAUAUAAAAGUGUAGGGAAGAGUGUAAAUUGUGAAAUUGGAUUUAAAGGGUGUGUAUAUAUUGUUGGCUGAGAGAAAAAGGAAAGAUAAGGGAGGAGAGAGGAUUGAGAGGAAGAAGAGGGCAAAGGGCGACACGUAGGUUGCGCGGCGGACGCCAUCUCCGCGUUACCGGCAUCCAGGUCCCCAGGUCCCACCCUAGCUGCCUCGACCUCUUCUCGCACCUUCAGCGGGAACCACCCCGCGACAGCAGCCACCCUGAUGGGAGUGUAUGAGGAGCGCGCCCCUCCUACCACCGGCAUGCACUGGCAGCCGGCGAAUUCGCAGGAGCGUGGCAGCGGCUUGGGUUUGGGGUGUCAAGGUGGUCCAGUAGGGAGUACGGGGGUGGGGCCGGGAGCUGUUGAUCAGGCCCGAGAUUUGAGUCCGUGCUUACCAGCGUCUAUGGGAGACGCUGCGAGACCCACAACGCUUCCGUCCAGUCCACCACCUCAGCAACCUCCGCCGUCGGCUCAUCAUCAUGGGCCCCAUUCGAGGACGACCCUACAUCAAACACAUUGUGGGACCAAUAAUAAUUGUUACGAUUCCACCACUCCCUACGAUUCCAGGGACUACGGUUCGCCCGGAGGUACGACAGAGUACAGAAGUAGUGGAAAUUAUGAGCCCGCCAGUGACCUUACAAUGCCACCGCAAUCGCACCAUCAUCAUUUUCAUCACUCCGUCCAUCAGCAGGAUCAACAGUCAACAGAUCAUCACCUACAAGCAGUGCCAAAAAUUGAACCACCACCGACGCCUCCGUCACAACCGGAAGACAUGUCGGGUGUUGUUUGUGCCGGCUGUGGACUAAGGAUAUCUGACAGAUUUUAUCUCCAAGCCGUGGAUAGAAGAUGGCAUGCCUCAUGCCUUCAGUGUUCCCAUUGUCGACAGGGUUUGGAUGGCGAGGUCACGUGUUUCAGUCGAGACGGAAACAUCUAUUGCAAGAAAGACUACUAUCGAAUAUUUGGCAGCAUGAAACGAUGUGCAAGAUGUCAUGCGGCGAUACUUGCCUCUGAAUUGGUGAUGAGAGCCCGUGAAUUGGUGUUUCAUGUGAGAUGUUUUUCGUGUGCCGCUUGCGGUGUGCCCUUGACAAAGGGGGACCAUUUUGGAAUGAGAGAUGGAGUUGUUUUGUGUAGACAUCAUUAUGAAAUGGGAGCAGAAAUGCAUCCAUCACAAAGUCCACCGGUUCCUGUUUAUCCCCCGGGACCACAUUAUCCGGGUCAAUCGUUUCCCUCGCCUGAAUUUUUGCAUCAUCAUCCACAUGGUCCACAUUCACAUAAUACGAUGCAUCAACAUCAGCAUACACACGUGAGUCCCGUACAUCUACAAUCGACAACACCAUCAUGUCCCGAGGCUGGCUCACCCCCCAAGGUGCCCUCCUAUUUCAACGGCUCCGGCACCAAUGUUCCACCUCCCAGACAGAAGGGAAGACCCAGAAAAAGGAAGCCCAAGGAUCUUGACGCUAUGACUGCUAGUCUAGAUCUCAAUUCGGAUUACAUAGACAUGCCUUUCGGAAGGGGUGGGCCCGGAACUCCAGGAAUGCCAGGUUCAAAUAGUCGCACGAAGCGAAUGAGAACGAGUUUUAAGCAUCAUCAACUUCGAACGAUGAAAAGUUAUUUUGCUAUCAAUCACAAUCCCGAUGCAAAAGAUUUGAAACAGCUUUCACAGAAAACAGGCUUGCCAAAGAGGGUAUUACAGGUGUGGUUCCAGAAUGCGCGUGCGAAAUGGCGACGCAUGGUGUUGAAACAGGAGGGCAAAUCGGACAAGUGUGGAAGCGGUGUUGAUGGCGGUUCCCUUGGUGAUUUAGAACUCUACGGCAAUAGUACAGGAAGUGGUGGUCCUCCAAUGAGUCCUCCAUUUAUUCUAGGCGGACCACAUAGUCCAGCGUCACUAGCCUCACUGGACUGUGCGUGAUCCCGGAAAUUCAAUACAAGCCAACGAUAAAGUCUCACCCCUUUCUCCUCACUCCCCCCAUCCACUUUAUCAACCUCAUCGCUAACGGAGAAAGAGAGAGAGAUUCUUGUACAAAUUUUAUAGAGCGCCUGCAAGAAACGGAAGGAGUGAAAGUGAAUAUCACGAGGUAGUAGGCAGUAAUUGGACGUCUCUCGUCUCGUAAAGUGACGUUCCAUUUCUUUCUUUCUCUCUUCCUCUUUGGUUUAAAUGUCGUCGUGACGAACAUGUAUUAUCCGGGCGAAUAUCCUAGAUCAGUCCUUGAAAUCACUGCGCGUUUCAUGAAUAAAGAAAAAAGUUUCCCCCUGUCCAAUUUCAAAAUACUUUCUAUAAUGAUAUCUAAAUUAGAAAGUCUUUGAAAUAAAAAAAGUCAAAAAGUAGCGAAUAUUUAUGAGAUGAACAUCUUUUAGAUUUUUACAAAAGAAAAAUUAAAUAUACAAGUAGCUCUUUUUAAUGAGAAUAUAAUAGGAAAAUUGUGAUUGAUUAUUAGUGCUAAUAAUUCUAUAGUUAUUACUAUAAUGUUUUUUCGAAAAAAAUUGUUCACCGGUCUAAAUUAUUUAUAAAUUAAUGUUAGUAGAAUGAAAUGGAUAUAUAAUACCUAUAAAUAUAAAUAUAUAAAUAAAUAUAUAUAUAUAUGAAAAAAGCGGUGGUUUCGAGGUUUUAAGGGCUAGAAGACUGAAGAACGUGAGCAUUUUUUUUUGUGAAUAUUUAUUGCGCUCUCCUCUUUUUUUGAGCGCGUUAUGUAAAAAGUUUAAAUGCGAUUUUCAAUUUUAAGUUACUUGAUAGUAGAAUAUAAGAAAUCGAGAUAAUUGUAAUUUUACGGCGAUUUCUUUUUUUCUUGUCUUGUACUGUAAAAAAGAAAAUUAACGAGUGACAAAAAAGGAAAAAUCUUCCAGUGUAUUUAUUGUAGAAUCGUCGUUUUAUCGCAAAAUUUUUUUCUUAAUUCAUUGAAGUGAAUCCUUCGAUUGAAGAGAAAAACGUAUAAUUAGAGAAAUUUGUAAGAUUGAGGAUAAAUAUUUAUUGGCUCGGGUGUAUGGUUGCUUCAGAGGAGUGAAUAAUUUUGGGGAAAAAGCGCAAUUAAAGGCUCGUCAAUAGCUUGGAAACUAUUUUAAUAUUAUAUAUAUAUAUAUACAUAUAUAAAUACAUAGUGCGAAUAAAUUUUUGAAAAAAGUGAAAUAUAAAUUAUAUUUUCGUCGUGUGAUUAAAUAAUAAACUGUUUACAAUUGUCAACCAUAUUGCGAUGUAAAAAAUUUCUAAGCUCUCUGACUGAAGUAUGUUGUACAGUAUAGUAUAAUAUAUCUAUUAUGGAAAUAUGUUGUCGAAGGAGGCACUUGAAGAAAUAAAGAAACCCAGUUUUUUUCUUGAAAA